AUGACCGGCAUGGUACAGCCUGACCUUCCAAACUACAAGGAAGAUAUUGACAAUAUCCUGGCAAUUCGUUACGCAGCUAAGGCUAUCCCUGCUCGAGCUCUCAACCUCUGGUCCAAUCCAACCCUCUAUGAGCCAGCGCAGAAUUCCAAUGCUCACGCUGGACCGGUGUCCUACACUGAUGUCACGGAUGCUCCCAGCUGUGUUCACAAGUCUUUCCCCCCUCUGUUCGCCCACCUUCGACACGACAAUUCUGGACGUCCCGCUCAGAACUCACAGCCUCUGCGAGCAGGCUUAGCUCAAGAUCAAGGCUCGGCUGAACAGGUGAAGCCUGAGUCUCCAUAUCCUCCCGCCACAUACCCCCCAUCUCACUCGCUGAACGGAGCCCUGCACCGGAAUCUCUACGGGCCACCCCAGGAAGCUCCUUUCUAUACCACCCACCCAUCUUAUACCACCCCAGCUUCGGCAAAUUUCCCCUCCAGCGGGCCGCCUGACCUCAUGGCAUCCACCGCCCAAAUGCAGAGGCCUUACCCUCCCAUGUAUCACACCCCUCAAUCAACCUCACCAGCCUCGGUAGCUUCUCAACCUCAAGACCAACAUGGCCGCCCCCUCUACGGACAUUCACCCCAGAUGCCACACCAGAUGUUCAACUACCACCCCUACUCACCCAUGAACCCGGUUCAACCGUCACCAUACGCCCCUCACCACUCGCCUCAGCAGCACCCUCUCACAACCCAGCCACUGAUGAUGCCUCCCCACAAGGCCCCGGUCCAGAUGCCACCACAUCAGUCUCCCCAUCUCCCCACCACCGCCAUGUCCGCCAGCCCAAUCAUGAAACUCGACACCUCCCAGCACCCUCUCCCCCAGCAACAGAUGCUCAACCCCCCAUCAUCAGCAAACAGCACCCACGGAAUGUCCGCCAACAACCCCCUGGCCAGCCCAACCCACGGCACCAGCUCCAACGCCGCCCCAGGCCCAAUCCCCGCCACAACCCCGCUCGUCGUCCGCCAGGACGCCAGCGGCGUCCAGUGGAUUGCCUUUGAAUACUCCCGAGACCGCGUCAAGAUGGAGUACACGAUCCGCUGCGACGUGGAGUCCGUAGUGGUCGACCAGCUCUCACCAGACUUCAAGACGGAGAACUGCGUCUACCCGCGCGCAUGUUGCAGUAAAGACCAAUACCGCGGGAACCGACUUGUAUACGAGACAGAGUGCAACGCCGUCGGCUGGGCGCUGGCCGAACUGAAUCCCGCCCUGAGAGGGAAGAGAGGUCUCAUCCAGCGCGCCGUCGACAGCUGGCGCAAUAGCAACCAGGACCCGAGACUUCGCAGCAGACGUGUUCGUCGUCAGGCGAAGAUGACUCGCAGGCAGUCGGUUCCCGCGCAGUCGCAUAUUCCUGGCGUCUCGCUGCCUGAGCCUGGUCCUGGUCCUGGUCCGGGUUCGGGUCCGGCGCUGGGGGCUAUGACUAUGCCGGGUCCUGGUCCGGGUCCUGCUCCUCGUCCGAAUCUGGGGCCUUUGUCGAUGGGCCCGCCGCAGAUUCAUCAUCACCAUCAACCGGAUGGUAUUCCUGCUGAGGAAGUUAGCGGCACCGAACACCCACGAGACCGUCUCCCCCAACCUGAUCUCCGACCCGCCCACCUCUUCCACGACACCCCAACCGCCCUCCCCCCAAGCACCGCCGCAGACCAACACGACCACGAACACGACAUUGAAACCCAAGGCCCAACAAACGAAGACCUCUUCAGCAGCCUCCCAGAAGGCAAACGCCGCAAAUUCAUCCUAGUCGACGACCCCCAGCGCAACUGUCGCGUCCGCGUCAAAGUCGUCCUCGACAAAGUCAACAUGGACGAAAUCCCCGACAAAUACCGCGAGUCCACAGCCGUCUACCCGCGCACUUACUUCCCAAUCCAGAUGCCAGACGAGAACCGCGUCGUCCCGGCAAAGCGCUUCUUCCACGACGACGCAGACGACGAGACCGAGUCCGCGACCACGGGCCGCACCACCGUUCCCGCCCCGUCGCUAGACGCAGAUCUCAGCACGGCGAUCAGCGUGCCCAAGCUCUCGCGCAAGCGUCAUCGUAAGGAACUUCUCUUGAAUGACCUGGGCUACCGCAUGAGCUGGAGCCAGAGCCGGGUUUUUUCUGGGCGGAUGCUGUUCUUGCAGCGGUCGUUGGAUGCGUACCGUAAUAAGAUGCGGAGUAGCAUGCUUGCUGCGGGUCAGGAUGCGGCGGAGAUUCCUGAGCAUUUUGAUACUCGACGUGGGAAGAGGAGGUUUUUGGAGCGGAGGUCGGAGGGACAGCGUGGGGAUGAGGUUGAGUGUUAG